AUGAAUGCACCGAGGAUACUCAGCAGAGUGGCGUUCCGCCGCUCCUGCACGGCAUUGCAGUGCGCCUCUGCCCGUCGCGCCUACGGCAGCCCGUCUUUCCAGUCAUAUCCUCUCUACUCAAACAACACACUCCCUCCGGCGAGAGGCGACGGCAUCCCCGAGAGCUCCAUCGCAUCGCCGGAUGCUCUGCCGAAGGUCAACGAGACGAGACCUCCCAAGAUCCCCUCACAAAUGGCGACAGCCCGCCAACAAUCCUCGACACCGAGCACUCUUUCCCCUUCUCCCUCCGCCACACAGUCCUCGACGACGAAGACAACAACAGCAGCGACCACAUCCGCGGCAGCCAAGGCCACGACGACGUCAUCAGCAGCAACCGCUGCCGCGGCGGCCCCCGCGCCAAAGGUUUCCGAACAAGCAGCUCAAACCCCCAAGCCAGCCGCCCGUCCGAAGCGCACGCUCCGCGCCCGCAAGGCGGCGAUGAAGCUCAGCCCCGCGGCGGUAGAGCAGCUGCGCGCGAUGCUGGACCAGCCGGAGCCGAAGCUGAUCAAGGUCGGCGUGCGGAACAGGGGGUGCUCGGGCCUGGCGUACCACCUCGAGUACGUCGAGAAGCCGGGGAGCUUUGACGAGGAGGUGGUGCAGGACGGCGUCAAGGUGCUGAUUGACAGCAAGGCGCUGUUCAGCAUUAUUGGCAGCGAGAUGGAUUGGGUUGAGGACAAGCUGAGCCAGCGGUUUGUGUUCAAGAACCCGAAUAUCAAGGAGCAGUGUGGCUGCGGAGAGUCAUUCAUGCGAGAGAAGAGACAGCAUGAGCAUGCGCUGCUUUCGUAA